AUAUUUGGUUCAUGCAUGCAAUACAUUUGUUGUUGGAUUGUAUUAUUCGUUCCAUCGCACCACACGCCUCGUGCACAAAUCAAAUACCACUAGAACGCCUCUUUAGGAAACUGAUGGUUGGAGAAGCUUUAUUAAGCAUAGCGUAUGGAGUGUAGCUGGCAAGCAGAAGAAGGUGCCGCACAGCAUUCUAGUGAAUUGGGAUUUCUCCCACUCAAAGGGAUAUUUAAAGUAGCAUAAAGUAUAGUAUUUGUGAAAACGUUCAACGAGUAUAUUCUCAAUUUGCGACAAUUGGAGCAAACGGAUAGCAAGAAGGCAAUGACAGUCACUGCGAUUGUGACGACGAAGUCAACUGCAUUGGCAAAUACAACUGGUGAACAUUGAUUUAUGCAUUUAGACGUUAUUCACAAAAAGUAAAAUUUCAAACUAAAGAAACAAACGAGCUCAAGUUAACGUAGAGUUAGUUGAGCAACAAAACGAUAAACAUAUUCACUAUUUGAAUUUCAAACAAAGAGCAAGCAGCGCCAACAUCAUCUUUACUUUACCUUCAACGCUCCCUUUAUAUUUGACGCCGCGGAUGUGGGCCCGUCUUCUACAUGCCGAUAUUCCAUGUUUAGCCAUUACUCAGGUAGAGAGUUGUACGUGUUGUGCUCUGAAUGAAAGAAAGUUUCCUGCAUUGCAAUGAAAUGGUCGAGUCUCUCUGCUAGUUGUGGCAAGCUCUACAUUCUACAUACUUUCGACGUUCUACGUUGGCUCCAAUAGAAAAUAUUGGACAAUAUACUGCGAUAAUUUUUUCCUGAUAUCGAUGCAGAUGUAGUAAUUCAACAAGUGCAUUAUUUUUUCCAAAGCAAAAAAAAAACCGUAUUUAGAAUAUACCAAAAAUCACUGAACAACUAAAGAGAAAGUUAAUAAAAAAAAGAGCUCAUCGCCGAGGACCAAAGAGGAUUUUCCACGGUUUCUGUACGGUCGCUAUGACCAUUAUACUAUUCUUAGUCGACACAUCCGCGUCGAUGUGCCAGAAAGCAUAUGUGAAUGGCGUACAAAAGUCAUAUCUGGACAUAGCAAAAGGCGCGGUCGAGACAUUCCUCAAAUAUCGUCAACGCACUCAGGAUUGCCUUGGCGAUCGUUAUAUGUUGUUAACUUUUGAGGAACCACCAGCAAACGUUAAGGCCGGCUGGAAGGAGAAUCAUGCAACAUUCAUGAAUGAGUUGAAAAAUCUACAGAGCAAUGGGCUAACUUCAAUGGGGGAAUCACUAAAGAAUGCCUUCGAUUUACUUAAUUUGAAUCGUAUGCAGUCCGGUAUCGACACGUACGGACAGGGCCGUUGCCCAUUCUAUUUGGAGCCGUCGGUAAUAAUUGUGAUUACUGAUGGAGGUCGUUACUCAUAUCGUAAUGGUGUGCAUCAAGAGAUCAUACUGCCGUUGAAUACACAAAUACCAGGAACAAAUUUUACAAAAGAACCAUUUCGUUGGGAUCAACGACUUUUUUCCUUAGUAUUGCGCAUGCCUGGCAACAAAGUUGAUGAGCGUGUUGAGGGUAAAGUACCACACGAUGAUUCGCCAAUAGAACGCAUGUGUGUCGUGACAGGUGGCCGUUCGUAUCGUGUGCGUUCGCAUUAUGUACUCAAUCAGUGCAUAGAGAGUUUAGUGCAGAAGGUGCAGCCGGGUGUGGUUUUACAAUUUGAACCGAUGUUACCGAAGGAUGGUGUGCCAAACGAAGCGCUGCAAGACAUAAUUUUCCAGCCCAUGAAAAAAAUGAUAUACGUACAAAAGCAUAUUACACAAAAGACCUUCCCUAUCGGUUACUGGCCACUACCGGAGCCAUACUGGCCGGACCCGAAGGCAGUUACCCUGCCGCCGCGUGAUGCGCAUCCGAAAUUAAAAGUCGUCACUCCCGCUGUCGACGAACCGCAAAUGGUGCGCAGCUUCCCCGUCGACAAGUACGAGAUCGAAGGUAGUCCGCUAACUCUGCAAAUACUUCAAAAACGUGAAAUGAACAAAUGCUGGCAAGUGAUCAUAUCGAACGGUAUGCACGGCUUCGACUUACCCUUUGGCUAUUUGAAGGCAUCACCAAAUUUUACACAGGUUCACCUCUAUGUGUUAGCAUAUAAUUACCCGGCGCUAUUGCCGCUGCUGCACGACCUCAUACACAAGUACAACAUGAGUCCGCCCAACGAUCUCAUGUACAAAUUUAAUGCUUACGUGCGCUCAAUACCGCCAUACUACUGCCCAUUUCUGCGAAAAGCGUUGCUCAACAUCAAUGUACCGUAUCAGCUGCUCCAAUUUUUGUUGCCAGAAAAUAUCGACAACUACCUGUCACCGAACAUCGCCAACCAGUUGAAGCAUAUCAAGAAUACCGCCAAACAGGAUCAGGAAAAUCUCUGUUUGAAGGUAUAUAAGCAACUAAAACAGCCGAAACCACCGUAUCGCCAGAUCGAAACAGCAAAAUUGAAUCCGGGUGUUCCGCUGCGACGCGAUCUUGUGCGCCAUCCAUUGUUGAGAGAAACGUUUUCCAAACUACACGCAGAGAUUGAGCCGCUGGAGAAUUACACCAUAGUUGUACCACAGCUGACGCGCCAAGCUUCAGCAAAAUCGUAUCGUAAUCCAUUCGAUAUACCGCGUCGUGAUUUGAUGGAAGAAAUAGCGCGUAUGCGGGAAGCUGUUCUUCGGCCAGCGCCCACAAGUCUAGUGGCUAAAGAUUCUGGUCACUGCCUGCCCAUAGCUGAAAUGGGCAAUUACCAGGAAUAUUUGAAGAAUAAAGAUAACCCGUUGCGUGAGAUCGAACCAACGAAUGUUAGGCAGCACAUGUUUGGCAAUCCUUACAAAAAAGACAAGCAUAUGGUUAUGGUGGACGAGGCUGAUCUCAGUGAUGUGGCACCAAUGAAAUCAAAUAAUGGCGCUGGCGGUGCGCCCAUGCCGGGCGUGCCAGGCGGCUUGUCAAAGAAAAUCGAUGCCUCACGGGCGCGCAAACGCAAAGCGGGCCCAAUACGCAAGGAUUACAUUUUUCGGCGUACUUCCACCGAUGUGCGACCUAGCACGUCGAGUCUUAGUGUAACGUCCUCGAAUUCCUUGAGCGCUUCGGUUUCUUCACUUUCCGACUUUGAUGAUGAUAGCGCCUCAGACACCGCGUCUAUUUCGUCCGGCAUGUCAGACGACGGCGAUCCGGACCGACUUGUAGUGGCUUUCGACUUCAACGAAGACGAACCCGGCGACCCGCUAAUAAACGGUUAUGUGCGCAAUUUCAUCAACGGCAUUAGCGAUGAAAGUAGCUGUGAUUCAGACAUGAGUGGACCUAGUUUAGGCCAAAUCAAUUCAACUGUGGCCCUCAGUAUUGCGGCGGGUACUUUGCCAUUAACACCUGUUAUACAAAUGCAUAACAGCAACAACAACACUUUGACACCUAUGUCACCGCCCGGUUCGCCACAACCCUAUUUGAACACUUAUGGUCAGUCUGCAGAUUCAUUGCCUGCUGUUGGCUCGAUAGUGUCACCAAAUAUUUUAGCUAAUGCCAACCCAUUGUUAGCACCGAAUGUAUUCGCGUCACCAAUUCAAAUCAAUGGCAACGCUUUGAUGGGCAUUCCCACAGCGUCAGCUGCGCUGGGAGCGGCAAUAUCCAUUUCAGCAGUGGUGACCUCACCCACAGUGGUGACUCCACCGCCUGCCUAUCAACACAACGAUAUUAACGACGCCCAGGAAAUCUCGCGCAUACUGCAACAAUGCCAUAAUGGGACUUCUGGAAUAUCGAGCGCAGCCUCUACUGCAAAUUUUAAUUUGCCAGCCAACGCGGGGUCAAUUAAAAUGGAAACAGAGUCAGCGUUAAUGCCACCGCCACAACCUACGGUGAAUUCCCCAGCAUCUACUACACUUUCCGUCAACUUCGACACACUGAAACGCGAGUCCAGUGUGGCCAACAACGCGAGUAUAUGCAGCUCCAAUCACUUGUCGAAUCACAAUCAACACCAUAGCAAUAUAACCAAUAGCAUUGGUAAUGGCGGCGGUCAGCGUAGUGGUAAUGCUGUUUUAGGGCCGCUACCGCUCACAGAAGAGCAGCGUGACGCAGCACGCAAACAUAACCUAGAAAUUCGAACGCAAGUUUUUCGCGAUAUACGGCGUCCAGGACGCAAUUACUCGCAACUAUUGGAACAUCUCAAUCUAAUCAAAGGUGAUUUUGAUAUGAAAUCAAAUUUCAUAAAAAUGUGCAUCAGCGAAUCAAUGCGUUUCCGGCGGAAGCAAAUGAUGAAUAGCAUACAGGAGUGGUGGGAUAAGAAGCAAGAGCAAUUGCAUGUGGCAAUCCCCCCACCAACAGCCACAGCAACGGCGACAAGUUAACAAUUACUGCUUUGGAAUGUAAAUUGAGCUAGUGAAUUAUUCACCCAUUCACCGGCACAAUCGUAUAAAGGAUAGUUUGUGUGAAAAUGCCCUAACAUCACCAUCGUAGACCACCAAGGAGCCACAGGCCGAUCUAUACAAAUGAACAUUUAAGCCCAAUAAUGUACAAGAUAAAUGCGGCGAUCUGCGAAUUGGUGCUAAAACGCGCAUAAGUACAUAUAUGUGAAAUGGAAUGCACAUAGGGUAUGUGUAUGUAUGUAUGUAUGUAAGUGCGUAUGCGAGCGUGUAUGUGAACACAGACGAAUGGGCGAUUAUUUUUCAUUGUUGAGAAAGUGGGUAGUAGAUGUGGGCGUGGCAUUUUGGUUAAUGAUCUGAAUACUGAGCUGGGAUGUUAUUGCGUGCGAGUGUUCUUUAAGGGAUUAUAGCUGCAAGCAAAGGACCUUUAAAUUGCUGUCAAUAAAUAACAAAGUAAUGUCCACAGGUUAACCCGGGUAACUGCCGGGUGUAACAUAUGCAUAUGUAUGUACAUAUUAGGCGGUUUAAAUUUGUUAAAAAUUAUACGAAAUUGUGUUUUCUGUUAAAAAUUUUAAAGGCACAAAGUAAUUGUAAUUGUGAAGCGUAGGAUUGCAGCUUCCCACUUUCAUUAGUAGCUAUUGUUUAUCUAGUUUCAAUUUAAAAUACCCUUUUUAAUGGUAAUUGUGUUGUUGUAUGAAGAAUAUACUAUCACUGCCCAGAUGGGCUUCUUUACCAAUCGUUGCAGCUUUAAAGUUGAUAUAGAAAGAUUUUUAAAUAGAAAAGAUGUAACAAAUUCACCCACAUACAUACUACAAAAUUAGCAAUUUUUGUUUUUAAUAAAUUCUGCUCUGUGUAUACUUUGUCCUUGCCGAAUGAAGCCUACGAGCACGAAUUUUCACCAGUGAUGACUGCUUUAUGCACCUAAUUUUUCUUUGAACUUACAGCCGCAGCUUAAAUGCUACCAAUCGCUUGUCUAGAUAAUACACACAAACGCAGCUCCCACAAACCCAUUUUAGCUAUAUAUGUAUGGCCUGAUUAAAUCUUAGGAAGCAUAUAGUCAACUUGUCAUUUGGUUAAUUCCACCCCACUUAAAGGCCACAUAAAGAGAAAUGUGAUUGCGCUGCUUUAGUAGACUUUAAAACGAAAGUAAUUUUUUGCUUUGUUUAAAACACUUUAAAUUCCUUUAUUUUCCAAACAAAAACCACAUACGUAUAUUAAGUUUAAUAUAGAAAAACCGUGUUGAAUGAAAAAAGGGGUAUCCCCAAGGCACCCUGUUCGCUUCACUAAAAUUCAAUGUUAGUUAACGAUAAGGGAUAAAUACAUACACAUACAUAUGUAUGUAUGCAUAGACAUGUAAAUAAAAGCAAAAAAUAAUAAUAUUUAUAAAGAUCGAGGAUGACUCUGGCCUGCGCAAAAAAAUUGUUUAUAAAAACUUCAAUAAAAUAUGUAUGAAUGUAUGUAUUCAAAUACACCUAGGUUUUUUGCA